AGAGAUCGUUUAUCUCCAAAUUCGAUAUCUCUAAUUCUAAUAUCGAAAUAUGUAAUAUCGAUAUAGAUUAAAUUGUUCGUAGUCUAAAAAGUCAAACUCGUUUUCGUCCGUCUCUUUUAUGUAACUCAAAAUUAACCUACAGCUGAGAAAUUACAUCAAGUGAUAAUGGCUGAUGAAACUGUUGCAAAGGAACGGUACAUGAAGUACCCGUAUACUUGGACAGCUAAAUUAAGAUUCUUUCCUUACAAGUAUCAUUACAAACAUGCCUGGUUAACUAAGUUCUGGUUGGCUGGAAUUCUAUUAACUAUUCCAGUUUAUUGGAAAAUUCAACGUCUUUCUUAUGCACCUGAGAACGUUGCCAAGUGGCGUGAGAUUAGAAGAAAGAUGUACUCGGGCGAAGAUCAUUAAAUUUUCUUGUUAAUAAAACCAUCAAGAAGUAGCUCAUUGAAAAUAAUGUAAGAAAAAGCUAUUGAUUAAUUCGUAGACUUUCCGAAUAAUUAAAUUUAAAAACCUAUUGUAAUUAUUGGAGGUAUAAUAAAUUGAAAAAUAAACGUA